AUGAAGAUCUUUACGCAGAAAUUGAUGUGGUAUACCGGCGGAAAGACACGUGGAAGACAUCAACAUGUUGCACCGCCAUCAAAAGUGGCUAAAGUAAAUCGUCUUCGUUUCCUUGGUCAUAUAUUAAGGAGACCGGCAGAUCGCCUUGUUCAACGAGUUCUGAGGAGUUCGUCGGGUUCGAGCUGGAAGAAGCCACCUGGCCGAAAACGGAAGUUCUGGACUGAGGUGGUAAAAGAGGAAUUGAGGACACUCGGCGUGGAUAGGCAGUUCAGGUGA